UAGUAACGAAAGUACGGAACAUGAACACCAAGACCAUCAUGUUGAUAGCAAUGUCAGCAGCACCACCACCAACAACAACAACAACAACAAUACUAACACAAAUACCCAUCCCAACCAUACACAAAACAACAACAACGACAGUAAAGACAAUACGGCUACAACAACGACCAAUAGCAAUAGCAAUAAUAACAAUACCAUUGAGGUAGCCAAGACAAGCAGCAAUAGCAAAAGCAAAAGCAACACUAAUAGUAGUAGUAGCUCUAGCAGCAACAGCAGCAGCAACAGCAGCGAGGGUAACAGUUCCUCGACUGAUAGUUCCCUAAAUAGUCACAAAAGUAAGCCACCAACCACCACCAUUGGCCAGGUGGAGAACAAUAUGAACAAUAGUGAUUUAAAGCCCCAGGCCACAGGCAAGUUACUCAAUUUGAAUGUGACCAAAGAUGAAAUGCUCGAGCAUCAUCAGCAGGAGGAGGGGCAUUCAAACUCGAACUCUAUAGGUGCUGACAUUAAGUUAGAUGAAAUGCAACUGAGUGCAGAGGAGACACAAAUGUUGCUCCAGAAACUAAGUAUCAACAAUCCGUUCUAUCGCUUUCGUAAGCAAAGCAACUCGCUGAAAGAACUGCGACGUUUGCGUCGGCAAACACGACGUAUACGUUGCAGAUCUGAAGCGGAUCUGGUUAGGAUAUGUAAACCGAACCAACAUCAUGAAGCCAAAGUUGUAGUUGUAUUAGAUAGUAAAGAACAGCAGCAGCAGCAGCAACAGGAAGCCGUAGCCAUAAGUAAGUCUAGAAAUAGUGCACAUAAUAUUAAGACUAGAUCCAUAAGCAGCUUAACGCCCCCCACCACAGCAACGACUGGUGGCGACAACUCCACGGUGAUCACAAAUCCGUUCUCCAUAUUCCAUGACGAUGAAAUACUCACACUAAGUGUGAACACUCGUUUACGCUCGGCCACCAGUGCGACGGCAGCUAUGAGAAGUGUCAGCCGUUCGGCCAGCGGUGUUCAGGUACAGCGCGGCGGUGGUCGUGGUCUUCGUCGCCUAUUUGAGCCAUCUAGGUCAACGGCUGCCCCCACCGCAGCCACCGCUGCUGCAUCCGCCACUGAUCAUCAUUAUCUGCAUGGCGUUCCGAUUUGCCGUUUCGAACGCCAGGAUUUUGAUUCAGUGACCCCAACUGAGACGUCCACCGUGCACAGCAAGAGUUCGAAACGUUCGAAGGCCAUUUUCAAGCAGUUGUCAUUGCGGAAACUGCACCACCGCGCCGAAGAGCCUCCGUCACUGCCCAAACUCAAGCUGAGCUAUCCCAAUCGAACCCAGAGUAUACAGAGUAUGCGUGCAUCGGGUAGCGGUGGCUAUGACAUACAGCACACAUCCUAUCAUCCCACAGCCACGCCCAAGUCCAAUUACUUUGAGCGACUGCAGGCCAAGACGCGUCAAGGCAUUCAGAAGAUACGUGACAAGUGUCGCAAUUUCAAAUCGGGACAUGAUAGCAGCUGUUCCGGCGGUGGGGAAUUCAGCGGCUUUCAUACCCUGGCCAAGGAUGAGAGUUUUCGAUUCAUUAGCGAUCGAGCUCACAUUUCCAACUAUGAAUCUCGCUGCAAGCAGGCCACCAUAUAUAAGAGCUACAAGUCUGAGAUUGAUCUCAGCAAAAAUCUGCAUUAUCUGGAUGCCUAUCUAGAGCAGAAUUUUGAACAACAAUUGAGCACAAGCAAACAAUCGGCUCACUCGGUGGGUCGGGUCAGUGGGGCACAACGACGAUCCUUUGCCAAGCAGCAGCAGCAGCAGCAGCAGCAACAGGAGCAAAUGGGAACACCGCGUCGUCGACAUAAACGUAGUCAAUCGCAGGCUCAAAAUGGUUUUCCCACCAACUAUGAGAAUCUUGGCACUUUACCAAUGGCUUCUAGGACACCAGCAACGAUGACGAGUAAGGGAAAUGGGCUCCACUCGGAUUCAAUGAGCAGCUCGGACUAUGCCUCAGUAUUUAGUGGUCCGACGACUACAAUAACAACAGCAACAAAACGGGAUUUGGAUAUUCCAAAUAAUGUUGCAAUUGAUUUGCCGACAAGCAAUGAAUCUGACUAUAAAUUGCGUUACGAGCAUCCAGAUAAAAUGUGUGAAUAUUAUUUCGAUAACCUAACAAGCUAUGGCUUGGCAUUGGAGGAGAGCGAGGAUUUGCUUUUAGCGGAAAGCGCUAAAUCAGCAAGAUUUUUCUAUGAUGAUGACGACGACGACGACGACGAUGAGGUUGAGGCAAUUGAAGGAGGAGCAGAGGAGUUACAACAACGGAAUGGUCCACAGCCUGAUUAUAUGGCCCGCGAUAUUCGCAUUCGCGUCAAAGUCAAUGAAUGCGAGGACAGGACUGAUUGGUACCAACGCCAGCAGCGACUGCUGUCGUCAACGGGAACGGCAAUGGCAACGGCAACGGCAACAGGAACAGCGACAACGACAACGACGGCGACAUCCUAUAAUGAGAAUCUUGCCGAGAGCACAUUCUAUCAAUCUCUCAAUCAGCAUUUGCAACGACAAGCCAAUGCCGGAGUCCGGGGCAUUGAGGAGAAUGCAGAUGUUGAUGUCGAUGUGGAUGGGGAUAUGGAUGCCAGUGCCGAGCAGUUUCUCCUGGGCACUGGUGAGAGUUACCUGGCCCACUUUCAACGUCAACGCAGCCGCAAUGAUUUUGAGCGGGCAUCAACGCCCUCGUCUCUGUGCAAUCGUAGUGAGUAUUAUGGCUUUGGUGGUCUUGCUGGAGAAGAUGAGACCCAGGAACUGUAUGCCGCAAAACAACAUCAGACAGAUCUCAUUGAAGCUCGCUAUUCACGCAGUUCGAAUAAGGCGGUGGCAUUGCCAACUUAUUUUGUGUCCAGCAGUUGCACGAAUGAAACACAGCAGCAGCAGCAACACAUGCAAGAGGAAAGACGUGCACCACUGACGGCACUGCCAGCAACAGCGACAGCGGCGGCAGGAACAACUACGGCCACACCAAUGGCCACCGGCAGUGUCAUUAAUUUGACUAUGCCAACGAGUACAACCACCGAUGUAGUCUAUGCCACUAGUAGCAAGCAGUUGCAGCCACCACCGUCUAUGGGAGGGGCUGCCUCCUCCACCAGUUCAAACACAAAUCGAUAUAUGAUGGACAAUCUACGCAAAUACUAUGCCACCCAGCAGCAGCAUCCGCCUGCUCAUUCGGUCAACUCAUCCUCAUUGUCGAAUUCGUCAUCAUCGAACUCUUCAAUGUCGCAGCAACUGAAACUAAAUCUACCCACCGUUCCCAAGCAUCAGCCGCAGCCGCAACAGCAUCAGCAACAACAACAACAACAACAUUUAGGACUGCGUCGCAACUCGAGCACUUCGAAUGCUUCCUCAACAAACGACAACUUCGACACCUUUAUAGCAUUGCGCAAUGCCACGCAACCGGCAACGGAUUACAUGGCCAAACAGAAACAGCAACGUCGUGCCGGACCGCUCACCUCGGCCCUUAACUAUUAUGGCCACGGUACACCCGUCCCAAACACGCCCACACAAACGCCUGCUCUGACAUACAAUGGAAAAUUAUCGGCAACCGCAAUGUUGUCACAAGUAAAUUUAGGCAGGGCAAUGCCAUCUACAACAUCAUCCUCACUGCAUCAGCCACAUUCACAUCCUCGACAGCAGGCUACAUCAGGGGCAGGAGGAGCAGGAGGAGCAGGAACAAGCGAAAGCGAAUCCUUUAUACUGGAAUAUGAAUGUUAGCGCCUGAUUAAAUUGUUAUCGAUCGAAUUCAAGGGGGAAUGGGCAGAGCAUUGUGAAGGAGAAACGGCCCGCAGUUUACCUGCGAAUUGUUUGUUAUUGCCCAAUCUAUUCGUUUGGCCAAAAUUACAAUUACAAAUUGUUGGCAUAGCCUGCUGAUUGGAUUAACGAAUAGAGUACAGAGAGGAGGAGAGAUAGAUGUGGAGCAAAACUGAAAUAGGCAAUUACUCGCAUCCAUAUCAAAGGUUAGGCUAGAAAAUUGCAAAUAUUCAUACGAGUAUAUAAACAGAUAUCUAGAAUUAUAGUUAUACAUAUAUGUCAUGCAUCGUUCAAUGUUGUGUAUAAGAUUAUGAAUUAGAACGUAAACUUCUGACAAUAAAUGCAAUUCAAUUACCAUUGAUACAAUGCAUAAAAACAUAAAUCUAUUAGUCACUUUAUUAGCAAUUGAAACAAACAAAAAUACAAUGUGAAAAGAAAACUCUGAA